AUGUCCGAAUCAACAGGAACGGAAGCUCAAUUGUCAGAAGCAGAAAAGAGGAAACUCUUACGAGAAAGAAGACAAGCCAAAAUGGCAAAAGGAAAUGCUUCUAGUCGUUUAAACACUAUAUUAUCUCAAGGAGCAUCAGUAACCACCCAAGUUACAUCCGUAUUAGACAAAUCACAAGAAUCAACUGAAUCAGAAGAACAAGAGACUCCAUCUUCUUCAAGUCCAGCUUCGGCAGAUACCACUUCCCUUCCUUCUCAUCAUGAUGACGAUCCUGAUAUUCAAGAUAUUACCUCAAUUGCAACCCAAACUUUUGCAUCCCCAACUCCACCAAUUGGAGAAGAAACGCCUGAAGAUAUUGAUGAAAUCUUUAGAAAAGUGUUCCAACAAGCUUCUGCUGCAUCGGGUCUGAGAGGGUCAGGAGGAAUUGGAGCAGGAGGAGCACCGGGUGAUCUUAAUGAUCCGAUGGCACAAUUUAUGAAGAUGUUUACAGAAGGUGCAAAUGAUAGUCAAUCUGAUCUUCUUAACGCUGCUGCCGCAGCAAGCGGUGGUGCUGCUGCUGAUCCAACUGCAAACAAAUAUCAAACUGAACUUUAUGCCUAUAAUGUAUAUCAACAAAAUCUUUGGAAAUUCAGGUUUUUAAUUGUUAGAUAUUUAUUUACUGGUUUCAAUUUCUUUUAUCAUUUCUUUACAAUUCCAGAUCAAUUAUUUCAUGCAUCAAGUCAUCCUUACGUUAGAGGAUUGGUAUCACCAACACCAUUGACUGGGUUUAUCACUUGGUUUUUCACGGCUGAAGUAUUAAUAGUUGCCAGUUAUUAUAUGAUUAGUGUGAAAACGGGGAUUUUCAAUACCAAACAUGAAAACCAUUUAAUUAUGAAGGGUAUUUCACUUGGAUCAAUGUUUCUUCCUCAACUCACACAAAUAAGACCUUAUAUUUCAAGAGGAUUGGCUUAUUAUGAUCUUAUUGGAAUAGUAUUGGGUGAUUUAUCCUUGGUGGUUGUUUUAUUUGGAUUAUUGAGUUUUAUUCGUUAG